AUGGCAAUGAACAAAACAGUCGUAAGAUGUCUUCUUUCUCGUUCGCAUCAUCCUCUUAUCCAUUUCUCCACCAAUCUCUCUCUUAAUUCCACUCUUCUCGAUAGAGUUUCCGGCUGUAGCCGUUAUCUCACGGCCAGGUUUAUGUCCACUCCUCCGCCGGAUGAAAUGUACGGAUUCGACGACCCUUUCUCUCCCAAUGAGUCGCGUGAAGUGGUGGAUUUGACUAAAGAGUACUCCUUUUUGCAAGAUUCUCUUGUGGACUCUGGAAAUACUCAUGUCCACCAGGUGCCCAUAACUCGAUCAUCUUCCAUUGAUGCUAGAGCCAUUGCAGAUGCUGUCUCUUGUGGCGGCGAUGUAAUUGGGAGCAAAUCCCACAAGUUUCUUAGGCAAUUUAGAGAGAAACUGAGUGAGAGCUUGGUGAUUGAGGUGUUGCGUUUGAUACAAAGACCAUCUGCUGUUAUCAGCUUCUUCGUUUGGGCAGGUAGGCAAAUAGGUUAUAGGCAUACCGCACCUGUGUAUAACGCUUUGGUAGACCUGAUUGUACGUGAUAAUGACGAAAAAGUUCCGGAAGAACUUCUGCAGCAGAUCAGAGACGAUGACAAGGAAAUGCUUGCGGAAUUCCUGAAUGUGUUGAUAAGGAAACAUUGCAGGAAUGGGUCAUUUAGCAUUGCCCUUGAGGAGUUAGGGAGGCUGAAGGAUUUUAGGUUUAGACCUUCAAGAUCUACUUAUAGUUGUUUGAUUCAGGCAUUUCUGAAGGCUGAUCGUUUGGACUCUGCUUCUUUGGUUCAUCGGGAAAUGUCCCUUGCGAAUCUUAGGAUGGAUGGGUUUACACUUGGAUGCUUUUCUUAUUCUCUCUGUAAAGUAGGGAAGUGGAAGGAAGCUCUAACACUGAUGGAAACUGAAAACUUUGUGCCGGAUACUGUGUUUUAUACAAAACUGAUAUCUGGUCUGUGUGAGGCUUCGCUUUUUGAAGAGGCUAUGGAUUUCCUGAAUAGGAUGCGAGCUACUUCCUGCCUUCCAAAUGUUGUAACGUAUUCAACUUUGCUCUGUGGAUGCUUGAACAAAAAACAGCUGGGCAGGUGUAAAAGGGUACUUAAUAUGAUGAUGAUGGAAGGUUGCUAUCCAAGUCCUAAGAUUUUCCGCUCUCUGGUACAUGCUUAUUGCACAUCAGGAGAUCAUUCAUAUGCUUACAAAUUGCUAAAAAAAAUGGUUAACUGUGGUCACAAGCCAGGAUAUGUUGUCUACAAUAUAUUGAUUGGGAGUAUCUGUUGUGACAAAGACUCACUUAGUUCUGAUCUUAUGGAGUUGGCUGAGAAAGCAUACAGUGAAAUGCUUGCUACAGGGGUUGUUCUGAAUAAGAUGAAUGUCAGCAGCUUCACGAGGUGUCUUUGUGGUGCUGGAAAAUACGAAAAGGCAUUUAAUGUGAUCCGCGAAAUGAUGGGUCAGGGAUUCAUACCAGAUAACAGCACCUAUUCCAAAGUCCUUGGUUAUUUGUGUAAUGCUUCGAAAAUGGAAAUGGCGUUUCUGUUGUUUGAAGAAAUGAAAAUCCGUGGCCUUGUUGCUGAUGUCUACACGUAUACUAUUAUGGUAGACAGUUUUUGUAAAGCUGGUCUAAUAGAACAGGCUCGUAAGUGGUUCAGUGAAAUGAGAAAGGUUGGUUGCACACCUAACGUCGUCACAUAUACUGCUCUUAUCCAUGCUUAUCUGAAGGCUAAGAAGGCCAGCUCUGCGAAUGAGCUGUUUGAAACGAUGCUGUCUGAAGGGUGUGUCCCCAAUAUCGUUACAUAUUCUGCCCUUAUUGAUGGCCAUUGCAAAGCGGGACAGACGGAGAAAGCUUGCCAGAUUUUUGAAAGAAUGUGUGGCAGCAAAGAUGUUCCAGAUGUUGAUAUGUACUUCAAGCACUCUGAUGAAAAUACCGAGAGGCCAAAUGUAGUUACAUAUGGAGCUUUACUGGAUGGUUUCUGCAAGGCGCAUAGGGUCGAAGAAGCUCGUCAGUUGUUGGAUGCUAUGUCCAUGGAAGGUUGUGAACCGAAUCAGAUUGUAUAUGAUGCUCUUAUCGAUGGACUCUGUAAGGUUGGGAAAGUAGACGAAGCACAAGAAGUGAAAACUGAGAUGUCUAAGCAUGGAUUCACCGCAACCUUAUAUACUUACGGUUCUCUUAUUGAUAAUUAUUUCAAAGCGAAGCGCCCAGAUUUAGCCUCAAAAGUAGUGUCUAAGAUGCUUGAGAAUUCGUGUGCGCCCAAUGUGGUUAUAUACACUGCGAUGAUUGAUGGCUUAUGCAAGGUUGGUAAAACUGAUAUAGCUUAUAAGCUUAUGCAAAUGAUGGAAGAAAAAGGGUGUCAGCCAAAUGUUGUGACGUAUACGGCGAUGAUUCAUGGAUUUGGAAUGAUUGGUAAAACAGACACAUGCCUUGAGCUCUUAGAGCAAAUGGGUUCCAGAGGGGUUGCUCCGAAUUAUGUUACUUAUAGGGUCUUGAUAGUUCAUUGUUGCCAAAAUGGUGCAUUGGAUGUGGCCCACGAUCUUCUAGAAGAAAUGAAACAGACUUAUUGGCCUACACACGCAGCAGGAUAUCGCAAGGUCAUUGAAGGAUUCAAUAAAGAGUUCAUAGAGUCUCUCGGGCUUCUCGAUGAGAUAGCCCAGGAUGAUACUGCCCCGUUUUUUUCUGUAUAUAGGCUAUUGAUUGAUAAUUUUAUUAAAGCUCAAAGGCUGGAAGUGGCUCUUAAGCUUCUUGAGGAAGUUGCAACAUUGUCACCCAAGUUGAUUGACUACAGUAGCACAUAUAACUCGUUGAUUGAAAGCCUUUGCCUUGCUAAUAAAGUAGACAAGGCUUUUCUGUUGUUCUCAGACAUGACGAAGAAAGGUGUUAUUCCGGAGAUGCAAACAUUUUGUAGUCUUAUCAAGGGACUUUUCGGAAAUAGCAAGAUCAGUGAGGCACUUUUGCUUCUAGAUUAUAUAUCUCAUAUGCUAGAUGGUGCAUCUGAUGUUGAGCAUCCUAGUCAAAUCCUGAAGUUUCCAAGGUUGGGAGCGGUGGAUAAUAUUCCCGUAAUCAUCUCGUAUGCAUCGGAUAUGGGGAGCCCAGCUUCUCUUCUCACUCCGAAAUUAAGAGGAGCCAAAGGCUGUAGACGAUCUAUCGUUGAACAAUGGAUCUGUUGUACAUGUCAAAUAGAAGACUCAAAUGAAGAGGAACAUCUGAAAAGUUCGCAGCAGCAAUCUGAUGCAAAUCAAAAGAAUCCAAAACCAGCCCCUGUUGCAAAACAUGAGGUGCAGAAAGAAGCUCUUCCCAUCGAGGUUCCUCCCUUGUCUUUGGAAGAGGUGAAGGAAAAGACUGAAAACUUCGGAUCAAAGUCGCUUAUUGGUGAGGGAUCUUAUGGAAGAGUAUAUUAUGCGACAUUAAAUGGUGAUGUAGCGGUUGCUCUGAAGAAACUUGAUGUCGCACCUGAAGCUGAAUCAGAUGCGGAGUUCUUGAGUCAGGUUUCCAUGGUUUCAAGACUGAAGCAUGAGAAUCUCAUUCAAUUGCUCGGUUUCUGUGUUGAUGGAAACCUCCGCGUCCUCGCAUAUGAGUUUGCAACAAUGGGAUCGUUGCAUGACAUUUUGCAUGGUAGGAAGGGGGUUCAAGGGGCACAGCCAGGUCCAACACUUGACUGGAUAACGAGGGUGAAAAUAGCAGUCGAGGCAGCUAGAGGUUUGGAAUACCUUCAUGAGAAGUCGCAGCCUCCUGUAAUCCAUAGAGACAUAAGAUCCAGCAAUGUACUUCUUUUCGAAGACUACAAAGCAAAGGUUGCUGAUUUCAAUCUCUCAAACCAAGCGCCUGAUAAUGCUGCUCGUCUUCACUCUACAAGAGUCCUGGGAACUUUUGGUUAUCAUGCCCCAGAAUACGCAAUGACUGGACAGUUGACUCAGAAGAGUGAUGUGUACAGCUUUGGGGUUGUACUUCUAGAGCUUCUGACAGGGAGGAAACCGGUGGAUCAUACCAUGCCUCGGGGUCAACAAAGUCUUGUAACCUGGGCGACACCAAGACUCAGUGAAGAUAAAGUCAAACAGUGCAUCGAUCCAAAGCUAAAAGCUGAUUACCCUCCAAAAGCAGUCGCUAAGCUAGCAGCUGUGGCAGCAUUGUGUGUGCAGUACGAAGCUGAGUUUAGACCAAAUAUGAGCAUAGUUGUGAAGGCGCUACAGCCGCUACUCAAAGCUCCAGCUCCAGCUGCAUGCCCAGCACCAGAAUCUUGAAACUUUACUUUCAUUUGCAAGUAUCCGAAUCUACUCAGUACCAUUACCAUUUAUAAAAAUGAGGUUGGUUUUGGUAGUAUAAAACUAUAAAGAUAACAAUAUUAUGUGUUCAUUUGAUGAUUGAUUUUGCACACAAUUUUGUUGUGCUAGAAGAGAGAUGUUGGCAAGUUUAUUGUUUUGCCAUUUUGUGAGUGGGAGAGAGAGAGAAUACUGACUAUUAUUUUUAUUAUUGCCUUCUGAUUUGAUUUGAUCCCUCUUAAUAUUCUAUCUCUCUACCUGAGAGCCUGAGACACUCUGAUUAGAUCGUAAUAACCUGAAAAGAAGAAGCCG